CCCAGCUAAAGCAAUUCACGUACAAAGAUCCUCAAGCUGGCCUAGAGGUUUUAGAUAAUGAUAAAACCAACGAUGGAACAAUAAUUUUACGUUUCGGAACUCCAGCGAAACAAGUUAAUGGAAGUACAACAUGCUGGGAUAAUACCAUUUAUCUUCGAAUAAUUUAUCCAAACGCGUCGAUUAGUUUCCUUUCGAUUUCAAAUCAUGGAAUCCCAGAUUUUAAUUUUUGUUUGGCGAACAACUCCGUACGAGAUUAUACAACAUUAUGGGGGUUUGACCAAGGACUUAUACUUACUUUUUAUAAUUCCUCGAAUUUAAUGACUUCAGCAAUAAUGGGACUUUUUAUUACUUUUGAAGGAAAGAUUUUAAGAAACGAAAAUGGAGAAAUAAUCGAAAGAGCUAGAAGUGGGAUAAUUCAAACAAAAAUUAAAAUUGUAACAAUAAUAGCUUUUUACAUGUUAGACAAAGGAUUUGCUCUAGCUUAUGGAGGAGAUGAUUCCGCGACCAAUCUUAAUAAUUCUAUUGUAGACAUCAAUAUUGGUACAACUAACGUAGCAUACGUAAUAUUUUAUUAUUUCGAAACAAACAAACGAACAGGACCAUUCUUGUUAUAUCAAACUCCCACUAAAAUAUUAAGGUUAAAUGACAUUGUUCAAACUUUAACAUUGGAAGGAAUUAUGUGUAGUGUUGAAUUUAGCGGUGCCGGAAAUACAUGUUUUUUAUUAUUGAAUUCAGCAUUUACUACAACCAAUAAAAAAAGUAUUACAACUUCGCAAAAUGCCAUGUUGAAGAUAUCUUACCUUUCUUCUGGAUCGGUAACAAGUAUAGGAGAAAUGAAAAAUGGUUCCAGUAAUGGAUACAGUAUUGAGCCACUUCAGUUCGGUGGGUUUCUAAUGUUAACACUUAGAGACAAUCUUUUUGGCUAUAUUCUCGAUGAAAAUGGAGAAAUAUAUAAAACAUGGUCAUCACCAACACCUAUAAGUUUCCUGUAUAAAAAAAGUAUUUAUGCUAUUCUUGCAAAUAAUUCAAUUGUGGUUGUGGAUAAUAAAGAUAAUUCAACUUGGAAUGUGAUAUGUGAUGAUCUAUUUAAAUUUGGUCAAGAUAAUAAACUCAAUAACCCGAUCAUAGCAUCAACGAACCCGGCACUAGGAUCUCGAGUAAACGAAUCCACAACACAACUAUAUUUAUCAUUCACUUAUCCCGUAAUUCUUUCAAGCUCAAAUAUUUCAAUAUACCAACAUAUCAAUGGAACAAAUCAUGACCUAUUGCGCCAACGAUUUCAAGGUGAUUUGCAAAAUCAAUUCUGCCAGAUUGAUCCAAAUGAUAAUAAAACCGUUAUAGUAGAUGUACUUCCUAGUACUUUUAAUGAACCUAAUAGUCCUUAUUACGUGGUUGUUGAGAAUAAUUUUGUCAAACGUAGUGAUUCAAAUGAAGCUCUUUUAGGAAUUGACAAAAACUUAUGGACUUUAGUCACAGAAAAUAAACAAUAUGUUUAUUCAAGUUCAAUAUUCGGUAAUAUUCGCCUGUCACCUGAUGGUUCUAGCUAUUAUCUUUCUCUUAGCUCAGCUGAUCAACAAAAAUUUAACAAACAAAUGGCUUCCGACCUUUCUUCUAUAAUCCCCGUUGAAGACAACAGAUUAAUACCAAUGAACGGAUUCGAAAAAGACGUAUCUACAGGAAUCUCGCAAAUAUUACUUUUUUUUAACAUUAUGGACAACACCGCAGAUUUGUCAAAGAAAAGUGCAUGUAAUAUAUUUGAUGACUUCAACACAUUACUGAAAUAUAAGAAAUAUAGUGCUUUAAUGGACUAUAAUACGACAUCAUUAAUUGAUGAGAAUUAUCCUAUGACUAUUGCUCCAUUAUCCUUGGGGGAUUAUUGGGAGUUGAUUGUAAUUAUCAUUGUUGUGUUAGUGAUCUUGGCUAUAUUAUAUUUUUUGGUUUCGCGAAAAUUUAAAAAGGCUGAUAAUUUUGCAAUGUUCAAAUUAAUUAUUAUCCUUGCUGAUUUGGGAUUACGAAUUUUGUUUGUUAUUAAUGAUGCUAAUAAAGUUCCAGAAUUAUGGUUGCCAAGUUUAAUAAUCCUCAUAAUCCCAACAUCUAUAAACAUAAUAGCAUCAUUCUUGAUCAUCGUUCAUGAAAUUCGUAAAAAUCCAGUAUUUAGCAAAUGGUUCUCAGAAUAUGCUUUCCUUCUUCCAUGUUUCACAAUCAUAUCAGCGGGACACAUUGAAGCUAUGUAUGUUUUGUCUUCAAAUUUUGGAAUGUUGAAGAUAUUCAGUACAACUUUCUCAAGGACUGCUGAACAUGCAAUAUUUUGGGUUGAAAUAUUAGGAUUGGUACUUUGUAUUCCACAAUUCACCAUUCAGGUUAGUACUUAUUGA